AGCCAUCAUUCGUUUUCCAUUCUGAAGGCACAGUUCCUUCUUCCAUUCAUUCUUUCUUUUACAGACGUUCUUUUCUCUAGACCAUUUUCGUUUUUCAUUCCUCUUUUCGUUAAGCUUCAGAAACCAUCUGUUGGAAAAAAUGAAGGCAAACUAUUUUCCUCUCUGGGCGCUGGCGGGUUCGGCGUCUGCUUAUCUCGCUACAACUACUCGUUACUAUGACGGUCAAGAGGGUGCCUGUGGUUGUGGUGGCAGCUCCGGCCUUGACUCCUGGCAGGUCGGAAGUAGCAGUACAGGAUUCUACACCGCCGCCGGAUCUCAAGCCCUCUUCGACACCGACGGAUCCUCCUGGUGCGGAGGCGGCUGUGGUAAAUGCUACAACCUGACUUCAACGGGAACUUCAGCCUGCAACGGCUGCGGUGAAGGUGGUGUUGCUGGUGAAAGCAUAAUCGUCAUGGUUACAAAUCUCUGCCCGUAUAACGGAAACGAAAAAUGGUGCCCGUCUGUGGGUAGCAAGAAUGACUAUGGGUAUAGCUACCAUUUCGACAUCAUGGCCGAAAGUGAAGUGUUUGGUGAUAAUGUCGUUGUCAACUUUGAGCCCGUCGCUUGCCCCGGACAGGCAACUUCUGACUGGGAGACUUGUGUUUGCUAUGGUCAAACGGAUACAGAUAGCACCCCUGCUGGAUUCUCUACGGUUGCUGGAUCUUCUGAACCUACAGCGACAUCCUCGACUUCAACUGCGGCAGCUUCCUCUAAGACUUCUACUACUUUGGUUAUUUCAACAACUCCAGUCAAAGAAGUUGCUAGCUCGUCGACUUCAUCUACGUCCACUGUUAAACCAGUAACCGAAACCUCUCCUGCCGCGGUCGCACCAACUUCGACAGUUCCCUCCGUGCCUGAGGGCGCUGCCACUACUUCCACAUAUUCCUUGACACUUACCACCGUCGUCACCGAGACAAUAACCGUCUGGGAAACACCUACUUCUACAUCUGGCAGUUCUGCUGCUGUUCAGACUCUCUACGGACAGUGUGGUGGCAUCAACUGGACUGGUGCUACAACCUGUGCUACAGGGGCAACAUGCAAAGUACAGAACCCUUACUACUACCAAUGCGUGAGCUCGUCAAACUAAGCCGGGUCUUGAUUCUUUCAAGUAGCACUUGAACAUGUUUCAAGAAAUUCGUUCUUAUUCAUUCUUCUUUUACAUAUUACUUUCUCUUUGCUUCUUUCUCUUUGAGCAUGCUCAGGAUCAUCAUCCCAAGAGACUUCUGUAUUAUCAUAUAUUUGUCUGACAGAACGUCAAAAUAUAAAGGUUUUUCUUUCAGAUUAAUUAAGAUUUUCUGGUUUUUG